AUGAUUCAUCAAAAAAGGGCCUUAAAUUCUGAAGCAUUUCAAAAUCAACUUGAAACAAUUAACAAUUUAAAAAUUAAUAAUUCAAAAUAUAAACAACAUUAUCAAAAGUAUAAUCAAAAUCAAAAUUAUUUACAACAAAACAAAUAUGCAUUAGCAGCAGUGGCAGCAGCAGCAGCUAUUCAACAUCAAAAUCAGCAACUACAAUUACAACAGCUACAAUUGCAACAGUUACAACAACAGCAACAACAAUUUCAACAGCAACAGCAACAGCAACAGCAACAGCAACAGCAACAGCAACAGCAACAACAGCAAUCUCGUUUAUACAACCAACAACCACAGGUUUUUGCAGACGAGAGUUCACAAUCAUCUGUAUCAUCAGCUUCAUCAACUAAUCAAACUUUUCAAUCAAAAUUUUUAGAAAGUGAUAAUACUUCUCCUAUUUUAUUACCAUCAACUUUAAAAAAUUCACCUCCACCACCUCCUCCCCCACCAGGCAAAUUAUUUUUAAACUCAACAACAAGUGGCUCAUCACCUUUGCUCAAUAAUUUAACUCCAACAACAACUACUUCACCGAAUUUUUUAAAUUCACCAAGUUUAUCAAGUAGUAAUAAUAUUUGGAAUGGUGGUAGUAGUAAUAUUAAUAGCACUGGAGGUAUCUGGAAUACUACAAGUCAAAAAAAUGGAGGUAUUUGGUAG